AUGAAGUUUCUCUCACUUCUCUCCUUCGUCACCGCGGUGUCUGCACUAGUUGUACGACAAGAUACUGUUGCUGCAGAUCUGAAGAAGCUCGUGUCUACACCAUCUUCCGUCUCUGUGGAGAUCCGAGCACGAUGGAGUGAUUACAACGCACCACUACCGGCUGUGGUCGUGUCAGUCCAGGCCGAGAAGGAUAUCGCGGCUAUCGUCAAUUACUGCACAAAGGCUGGCAUCCCCUUUCUCGCACAGAAUGGAGGUGUUGGAUGGGCAAAGACUUUUAAUCUGGGACAGUGGGGUGUCCUCAUUGACAUUGCUGCUCUCAACAUGGUCACUGUCGCCGCAGACAAGAAAACCGCGACGAUUGGUGGGGGUGCAUCAGUCAGCGAAGUCGUUGCAGCAGCUAACGCUGCUGGCGCGUUGGUCAUCACUGGUAACUGUAACUGCGUCGGUGCUCUGGGUGCCCUGCUUGGCGGCGGCUAUGGUAUGCCACUAUCAUCCGCGUUCAAGUUCACCAAACUGAUACAGACACAGGCAACCUCAUGGGCGAAGUCGGUUUCGGCGUCGACAACAUCAUCUCAAUGCGAGUGA